AUGGAGAACGAGCGAGAUUUUGCUCUUCCCGAUGGUGUCGAGGGCAAUGCUGACUCAACCUUUGCCCAGUACAACACACCUAGGCACACUGAGCUGUUGGCUGGUAUUCGACUACCGGCCAUCGACAUGUCUAGUUUUGAGCUGAACCCGUCUACUAUUCAAAUGUUGAGUAAUAAUGCUUUCCGGGCUCACCGCACUCAAGAAGCUCUUUCUAGCAUUCAUUCAUUCAAGCAGGAUCAUGGGGAAAGUCUUUAUAACGCUUGGAAGAGGUACAAAGGAUAUCAGAAGUCUUGCCCUCAUCACGGGCUUGACAAGAACUACUUGAUCAACACCUUCUUACGAGGACUCAUAAUGGAUACCAAGACUUUGAUCCAAGCUUCAUGUGGUGGGAGCAUCCAGAACAAGUCAUUCGUCGAGCUAGAAGAUCAUAUUGGGAUAAUGGCCCAACAAGAAGACGCCCCGAGCGAGUACUCUAGAGAUCCGCCAAAGGAAUGCAAUGAUCAGACCAUGCAGAUUGUUCUUGAACAAUUGGUUGUCCUCAAUGCUAAGCUCGAAGAUUCCAACCGACCCUCUAGGACCAAGCAUUUGAUACUAACACAAGAGGAGCUCGGUAUGUACGCAUUGGAUGAGAGGCUCGAAGGGGUGAACUACGUGGCCAAUAAUUCCUACUCGAACACGUACAAUCCAGGGUGGAAGAAUCAUCCCAAUCUCUCCUACAAGUCGAACAAUGUUGAGAACCCCACGCCGAACAACUUCAGAGCAUCGAACAACCGAAACCAAAGGAUCCCUUCCAGCUUUACUUUUCAAUCCAAGGGUCCUAAUCAGAACUCCAACUACAGAGGUAACUCUGAGACCAACCCUCGUGAACAUGUCAAUGCUAUUACCUUGAGAAGUGGUAAGCAGGUAGAUUCUGGAGACCCACCGAUGGUUGAGCAAGGCGAUAGCUCGAGAACCACAGUUUUAGACACUCCUGAUGAUACACCUGAGCCGGCUUACGUGCCUCCUCCUCCUAGGCCACCACCAUUUUUCUAUGAAGAUUUACUAGAUGAUGUGCUAAAAUGCAUCAAGGACUGUCAAAAUGGGAAAAACAGGUUGUCAGACUAUCCUCCCCCAGACUUGAACGAGACACCGUCCGCGGCGUCAAGUCGCCCUGGGAAAAAGGAAAACCAGCGAGAGAAACCAAAAGGGAGCGGAGUAAAAGAAUACUUAGCGUGA